UAGAGGGACAAUGUCUUACCAUGAGUAGCAAUAUCUUCCAUUUCAUACAAUAAAGAAGUCUCCAUGGAAGCAAAAGGAGCAGUGCAGUGGAGCUCUAUUUUAGUUCCUUCUGUUCAAGAGAUGGUUAAGGAGAAGAUGAUCACGAACGUUCCUUCCAGGUAUGUCCGGUCUGAUGAAGACAAAACUGAAGUCGCCGAUGACUCUGGUCUGAAUAUCGAGAUCCCAAUCAUUGACAUGAAUCGUUUAUGUUCUCCGACCAUCAUGGACUCUGAGAUUGCAAAACUCGACUUUGCUUGCAAAGAGUGGGGAUUCUUUCAGCUUGUAAACCAUGGGAUAGACUCAAGUUUCUUGGACAAAACAAAGUUGGAGAUUCAAGAUUUCUUCAACCUUCCCAUGGAAGCAAAGAAGAAGUUCUGGCAGCAACCAAAUGAGAUCGAAGGCUUCGGACAAGCUUUUGUGGUUUCAGAAGAUCAGAAACUCGAUUGGGCAGACUUGUUCUACCAUACAGUGAAACCUGUUGAACUACGCAAACCUCACUUGUUCCCCAAGUUACCUCUUCCCUUUAGAGAUACAUUGGAGAAGUAUUCUGCUGAAGUACAGAACAUUGCAAAUAUCUUGACAGUGAAAAUGGCGAGAGCCCUAGAGAUCAAACCAGAGGAAAUGGAAUUUUUUUUUAAUAAUGUCGAUUCAAUCCAAGCUAUGAGGAUGAAUUACUACCCACCGUGUCCACAACCCGAUCAGGUUAUCGGUCUAACUCCGCAUUCUGAUUCGGUCGGACUCACCAUACUGAUGCCGGUGAACGAAGUUGAAGGUCUCCAAAUCAAGAAUGAUGGGAAAUGGAUUCCUGUUAAACCUCUCCCAAAUGCUUUCAUUGUCAACAUUGGAGACAUCUUAGAGAUCAUAACAAAUGGGACAUACAGAAGCAUAGAACAUCGUGGAGUUGCGAAUGCAGAGAAAGAGAGGCUCUCUAUUGCAACGUUUCACAAUCCGGAAAUGUAUAGAGAAUUUGGCCCCGCGAAAAGUCUCGUUGAAAGGCAAAAGGUUGCAAAAUUCAAAAGAAUGACCAUGAAAGAAUUUAAUGAUGGCCUGUUCUCUCGUACGCUUGACGGCAAAGCUUAUCUUGAUGCUUUAAGAAUCUAAACAAGGCAAUGCCUUGUGUGGCUCACUGCUCUGUUUCUCCUCCUUUUUUUUUUCUAAUAAUUUAUGCAACAAAUAAUAUCUAGUAUCUUUUAUCUUCAUUGUUUUUCUAGUUGCUGCAUAUCUGUUAAAGACAAAAAUCUCCAGUGGAGAAUACUUGUACGUAUUGUUACAAACUUACAAUAAGACAAUAAGCUUGAAUAUUUUGGUUA